AUGGGCGCCUGCUACGACACGUACGACUUCAAGAACAUCGACUACCACUUCGACGUGAUGCGCCAGCGCUUCUCGACGGUCCGCACCUUCCAGACGUACAUCUACAGCAACAGCCGCAACGUGAUUGACGCCGCGAGCGACCACGGCCUCGGCAUCUACGCCGGUGUCUGGAUCCGCGGCCCCGACUACGACAAGGACGUCCAGGCCGUCAUUGACGGGUAUUACCGCCACCCGAACGCGCUCAAGGCCGUCUUUGUCGGCAACGAAGACCUCGAGAACGGCUGGAACCAAUGGCAAGUCAUCGACAAGGUCAACGACGUCCGCAACCGCCUCCGCGCUGCUGGUGUCAACGUCCGCGUCGGGUCGGUGCAGACGGACGGCGGCUGGCUCCGAGCCCGGGACCUCUACAACGCGUGCGAUAUCGUCGGUGUCAACAUCUACGCGUUCUUUGGCGGCACUCUCGAAGACCGGUGGACGCACAUGGUCAACACGUACGGCGGCAGCAAACUCAUGAUCACAGAGACGGGGUGGCCGUUUGGCGGCGGCAACUACGGCAACCAAGUCGCUUCGUUUGACAACGCGGUCAAGCACUUUCACCGUGUCGCUGACUGGGUCCGUGCGGGCAAUGGCGGCGAAGACGUCAUGUACUUUAUGUUCCACGACAACCACGGCAAGUGGCCCGAGUACGAAAAGCAGUUUGGUCUCGCCAACGCGGCCGGGCAGUGGAAGUUCGACUUUAGCACGCCCGUGAAAGGGUCGUGCUCGGCGCCCGAGUGGAACACCGACUACGAAGGCAACGAUCUCUUCAACUUUGCGAUCUCGGGCGACAUGAACAGCCUCAUCGCUCAGUGCUGUGCCAAGUGCACGUCAACAUCCAACUGCGGCGGGUACUCGAUCUUUGAGAACCGGUGCUACAUCAAGUCGGCGAUGACCGGUCGCAAGGGCGCCAACGGCGUCACCUCUGCGCGCCGGCAGUAA